CAAAAAAAACUUAAAAAGCGGCCUUUCCCGUCUCUCUCUUCCUUUACUCUUUCUCGAACUCCAGCUUAAUUCAGCUAAAAUGGCACCGUCAUCUCGUCCACCAGCGCCGCCGUCUUCUAUGGUUCUUGUUCUCCUCUUCCUUUCCUCCGCCGCAUUGCUUUGUGAAUCGAGGUUAAGCUUAGAUUACUACUCGAAAACCUGUCCGAGUUUCAACAAAAUCAUGCAGGAAACCGUAACAAACAAGCAGAUCACCAGCCCGACAACCGCCGCCGGAGCGCUUCGUCUCCUAUUUCACGACUGUCUCCCCAACGGAUGCGAUGGCUCAAUCCUCAUUUCCUCCACCGCAUUCAACAAAGCCGAACGUGACGCCGACAUCAACCUGUCUCUCCCCGGAGAUCCCUUCGACCUCAUCGUCCGAGCCAAGACGGCCCUCGAGCUCGCCUGUCCCAACACCGUCUCCUGCUCCGACAUCCUCUCCGUCGCCGCCCGUGACCUCCUGACGAUGCUCGGUGGACCCUACUACAACGUUUACCUUGGCCGUAAAGAUUCACGGUUGUCAUCGGCUUCUUUGAUAGAAGGGAAGUUACCCAAACCCAGCAUGGGAAUGUCACAACUCAUCAAUCUCUUUGCUUCGAGUGGGUUCACUGUUCAAGAAAUGGUGGCCUUAAGUGGUGCACAUACCAUUGGGUUCUCCCAUUGCAAAGAGUUCAGCUCAAAUAUCGGCAAUGACACAUACAACCCCAGAUUUGCCCAAGCAUUGAAACAAGCUUGUGCAGAUUAUCCAAAGAACCCAACUCUAUCUGUUUUCAAUGAUAUCAUGACCCCCAACAAAUUUGAUAACUUGUAUUACCAGAAUUUACCAAAGGGUUUGGGGCUUUUGGAAUCAGAUCACGGAUUGUAUAAUGAUCCAAGAACAAGGCCAUUUGUGGAAUUGUAUGCAAAGGAUCAAACCAAGUUCUUUCAAGAUUUUGCUAAAGCUAUGCAGAAGCUAAGUGUUUAUGGGAUCAAAACUGGGAGGAGAGGAGAGAUUAGGCGCAGGUGUGAUGCUGUAAACUGAGUCUUUUUCAGCUUGUUAAUUAUAUAAUUUGAUGCGGUUUUGAAUUCAUUUGAGAAAUAUCAUUUAUACUUGUCUUUGUUUGUAUCAAUUGUCACAUUACCAGGCUUCAAUUUAUAUACAUAUUUAGUUACUCUGUUUUCUGGGUUUCA